GGAAAUGGGUUAUGGCGGCGUAAACAAGAGGCAAGAAGGAUGGGGUUGAGCCGAAGUUACCGCUGAUAAAAUAUAUAUAUAUAUAUAUUUUUUUUUUGUUACAAAAUAAGAAGAAAACAAUGUUUUUGACAGGAAGACUCGUGUUCCCUGGACACUUCAUUAAACCCUAACCGUUUUUCUUCGCGGUGGUGGAUGCUAGUUUUGUCUAACAUUUUUCUUGAUUUGCUAACUUAACGGAAAAGUUAGUAGAAAUGCAGUGUGUGGUGACUGGAGGAAACGUGAAAGUGCUGGCCAAAGCCAUCCACUCCCUGUCCAGGAUCGGAGACGAGUUGUACGUGGAGCCGCAGGGUGACGGGCUGGCCCUGCGGUCCGUGAACUCUUCUCGGUCGGCGUACGCAUGCUUCCUGUUCGCACCGCUCUUCUUCAGCAGGUACAACAUCCGUAAAGAGGUCAACUUCCGCUGCAAGAUGGCAAUAAAGAGUGUGCAGACUGUGUUCAGAUCUGUGGCGACUUUGGAGAAAACUGUAGAAAAGUGUCACAUAGAGCUUGAUGAAGCAAAGGACCGCUUGACUUUCACGCUGCACUGCAAACACGGUCUCCUGAAGACACAUAACCUGUCUUACCAGGACAGUGAGAGCUUACAGGCAGUGUUUGAUAAAGAUAGCUAUGCCAAUGUAUUCAGAGCCCAUCCCAGGUUGCUGGUGGACACAGUUGUUCACUUCCCUUUAUCUGUGGAAGAAGUGACUGUGACAGUGAGCGAUGAACGGAUGUGGGUCAGGAACCAUGUGGAGGACGAAGCAGAGCGGUCCAGGGCCAUGCUCACAGAGCUGUGUUUGGCUUCAGAUGAGUUUGACCAUUUUGCUGUCAAAGCUCAUCACAGCAUCACGUUUUGCCUGAAGGAGCUACGAGGUUUGUUGGCGUUUGCAGAGUCCACCGGCCUCCUCCUUUCUAUGUAUUUAGAUGAGCCAGGCAGCCCCGUGGUGCUGUCAGUGACAGACAGCGUCCUGGAGGGAAAUUUUGUUCUGGCCACACUUUCUGAUGAUCAUAAUCUCUGCAAAAACAACAACAAAGGACCGGACGCAGAACAACCGCCUCCUCCUGAUGACUUUAUGAACGAUGACAUAGACUCCUAUUUAAUCGCCAUGGAUACCAGUGUGGCUCCAGGGCCCUCGGCUGCAAACCCCCCCACUACCUCGUUAGCUGCUGCAAGAGAGACUCCAUCAGACAGACACAGGAUAAGGAGACACAGUGAGGAGGAGGAAGACGGAGACAGACUACCCAAUAAGAAGUUCCGCUCCAUCUUCUUUGGAUCAGUGCUUCCUCCGUCUCCUCAGACGAGCAUGCAGCCGGUGCCUACUCAGGAAGUGCUGGCCAGUAACAGUGAGGAUGAAACUGAAGCUGAUUGAUCUUCAGACAGAAAAAGGGACGAGAACAGACCUGAAACUGGGACAACUUGAGCCUGCUGUUACACCACAACACCGUAUGGGACCCUACGGGGAGGGCAAGUGUUACAUGGACCGGACUUAACACACUUAUGGUGUGUUUUAUGUUUCAGUUCUAUUAAAGGACUUAAAAACUGUUAUUAUGCUAAACUAAGCAGGAAGCCAUUUGUUUUUGAGAGUUUUAAGCUCACUUAGAUAAAAUAAAAGUAUUUUCAUUAA